AUGUGUCGGCAAUACAAGUUUCGCUUUGCUGAAUGCGGUCACAUUACCAGUCACCCUGACUGGCUCUUCAGUUGGACUCACCAUCCAGAAGACUGUGAGCUCAAAACCGUGGUCAUCGACCGCCCACAGCAUUGCUUCCAAUGUCUCGGACAGGAAACCAUGCCCGCUGAGCGACGAAACCUCUAUGUUAGACGUCCAAACCUUGCCCUCUGCAGCGACAGAUUCAGCAAGAUAUUCCGACACCAUAUUAAACACCCUAAUGGACCGAUACACUUCGACAAAAAUAACCCACGAGCACUAAUUGACCGUCAACGAAGUAUGACGGAGACGGACAGAUUGUAUGUUAUGCAGUUUGAGGAGGAAUGCGAUGAUUUGCUCUGGGCAAUGAAAGAUGCGAUGGAAAAGCAUCGCAAUCCAGAUCUGAAGCAGCGUUUCGUUGACCAGCGAAAAAUCGUUUUGCAGCUACGAUAUGCUCACCUCACUGCGCAAGUUCACGCACUUGAGGAUAUCGAGUUAAGCUAUGAGAUAGCGAAAGACGCCCAUGCUCAGUGGCUCGGACGAUGCGCAAACAGAGUUCAAGCACUUUGUACCAUCGUCAAAGAAGAGGAGUUGGCCGAGGACGACGAAUGCCCAAUCUGCUAUUGUAGCCUGCUUCAAGCAACAAGACCUGAUGCUACUGCAUGGCAUACUCCAGUCAGACUUCCUUGUGGACAUAUGUUCUCGAAGCUUUGUAUCUAUACUUGGCUUACAGGUGAGAACCGAAACUGUCCCAAAUGCAGGUCGUAUUUCAACCUUAAGGGGGAUAAUAUUGCGGACUUCGAUAGUAUGGCGAAUAAUCUCCUCGAUCGGAUCCUUAAUCCACCUGUAGUGCCGACCCCGUGGCGGGUCACGAUGCUCCGAGCUAAGUAG